GCAGCGUAGGCGGUUAGGUACGGCCCACCCUUUUCAACUGCUAAUAAAAGACUCGGCGUGCAUCACUGGUAAACAGAGGACCAGCCAGUCUACAGAUACUUUGCAGAUUCCAGACUCACCGACAUGGGAGAUAAAGUGUUUGGCCAGGCUCUGCUGACUGAAGCCGCCCGUGGGGAUGCAAUUAUAGAUAUGGGCCCGGACAAGUCUGUGCUCAUCCUCAUCAAACACUGCCAGGAUAUGAAGAGACAGGAAACGCGCCUCAGGAUCAUCACUCUGGUCUUGCUGCUCAGCUGUACCGCUCUGUUCAUUGUUGCCAUCUCUGCUGAUUUAUGGAAACAUGGAAAUUCUGGAUCUAGCGGACAAGAGAGUGCCGUAGAGCCACCUCCAGCCAUGUCCAAGCAAGAGAGUGUUAUCCCUACAGCCAAUCCUCGAAAAACCAUCCAAAGACUGCACAUUGAUCUCAUGUCUCUAGCUGCACCCAACAACUCUGAUGGACAAUACUUGAAAUGGCAUGUCAUGUUUGGUGAAGACUACAACAAAGAGAAAGGUGCCAUUGUCAUUCCUGAGGACGGUUUCUAUUUUGUCUAUUUGAGUGUUACAUUAAGCUGCAGCGAUGAGGGAGACUUCAACGGGUUCUACGCAGUGCUGUACAACUGGAAUGAACAUUACGACGAUAAUAGAGACAUGAUGGAGGCUAGGGAUAGAUGCACUUCAGAAGGGAAAAAGAGUGUGUUUGUGGCGAAGCUUCUUCACUUGUUAAAAGGAGAUCAUUUGAGAGUGAGGAUCAUCAAGGGCUACAAACUGAUCGACAAAUCAUCAUUUGGGGCAUAUUUUGCAUAGAGAAUAUGCCUGUUUGGUGGAUGGGUCCAGUGUCUUAGUCUCAGUAAUGUAUGUUAAAGUAUUUUUUCAUUAAAAGCUAAUUUCGGGUUAUUUAUCAUCACUCAUUUCUAUGCUUUGUUUUACAGCACUUCCGUUUCAGACCUAAAGAGGAUCUAUUAUGCUAACUGUUAGG